AUGUCACCCAGAGACCCCAAUGCUCAUUCCCACAGUACACUUCUAGAGUCUAGUUCUCCAGAACCAACUCUCUUAAAAGUCUGUUCUCUAGUUCCAGAGACUGAUUAUCGCAAACAGGCGUGGAAGAAUGGACUUGGGACAACUACAGAGAUCGCAAUAUAUCCACCCAAUACUGACUUUAAGAAAGAUCCAUUCCUCUGGCGCCUCAGUGUGACAGAAACAAGAUCUGAUAGUACAUUUUGCAUAUUUCCUGGAUAUGACUGCACCAUGAUAGUCCUACCCAAUAAAAAAUCAGAAGCACCUUCUUUACUACUGAGACACCAAGAUACUGAGGCCUUGAUAAACGUCAAGCCUUUAUUUCCAUACACUUGGGAAGGACAGUGGACAACUUCUUGUAGAAUCACAAAUGGACCUAUCUCUAGUAUCCACUUUAUGCUCAAUAAAAGCUUUGGAACUGCCCAGUCCAAAGUGAUAACAAUUGGAACCUCGGCUACUGAAGCAGAAGACAAUAAGAUCUUAAUGGUCGGUGCUUUUGCGCUCGUCUAUGUAGUCAAAGGUAGCUGCUGUAUCUCACUAGAUGAACAUCGGAGCCAUGCUCGUACAAAUGCACUCAAGCAAGGCCAAUGUCUUUACAUUGAGCGCGAUCAAGAAGCUGGUCCAAGUCAAAUGGAUAUCAGGGUUGGAUCAUUUGCUAGCGAUAGCACUAAAGGAAGCAGUACUGAAUCGGAUGAUUCUAAUGAAAAAGUUGAAGUUACAUUGGUAGUCAUUCAAGUGGCAGAGUCGACGGCUGUAACAGAGCAACCCCACACAGAGAGACGCCCUUCUGCACUACCUAGUGAAAUACGUCAAGGUCGCCGCAAUAGUUCUCUCGUUGUGUGUCCUAACCAGCCUGACAGUGCCAUCAAGACACCCGAAGACAUAUCACUUAACACGCCGCGAGAAGAAUUACAAGGUGCCCAACCAACGUGGGACUCGACUCAGAUCUAUGAACCUCCUUCUUCAGCGUUUUUCCAUUUUGAUUCAGAAAUGCCUCCGCCUAUGAUACGCGAUCGAUUGGUAAUUGAGGAUUAUCCUCUUCAUACUACAAGCACAGCUUGGAUCAAGAUGAUGACUCAAGGAAUGAAUGAGUGGCUUAAGUUACCUGUAAUUGUGUGUCGUGGAUCUGCUGACGGCCCAGUGGUUGGAAUUACAGCUGCUGUUCACGGAAAUGAGCUUAAUGGUGUGCCAUGUAUUCACAAGGUAGCUUCAUCGAUUGAUGUUCAGGUUCUUCGUGGUACUCUUGUGGCUAUCCCUUGUGUCAACGUUACUGGAUAUCUCAAAUUUCAGCGCGAAUUCUCAGACGGGCGUGAUCUCAACCGUAUGUUCCCCGGAAAGGAAGACGGUUUUGCUUCCCAAGUCUAUUGUUUCCACAUCAUGAACAAGAUCAUUUCACAAUUCAACUAUCACAUCGACCUUCACACAGCUAGUUUUGGCCGUGUAAAUUCUUUUUAUGUUCGAGCCGAUAUGAAUGAUUCUGGGGCUGCUAUGCUUGCUCAGCUUCAGAAACCUCAGAUAAUUCUUCAUAAUUCUGGUCAGGAUGGCACAUUGAGAUCAGCCGCAGCCACACGGGGUAUCAAAUCUAUUACUGUCGAGAUUGGAAAUCCACAGAUGUUCCAAGAGCAGUUUUGGUCUUUUAUGGGUGUUAUGAGAAUAUUGAAUAAGUUGGACAUGUUCCCAUUGGAGAAUGUGCUUUCUGAAGAAAAGUUUAUCGGUCCAACUACUACCAUUUUGUGCUCUAAAGGAUUCUGGAUUUACACCAAAACAGGUGGUGUUCUGGAGGUCUAUCCAGAUGUAAAUACCAUCAUUCGUAAAGGUGACAUUAUUGCACGCGUAAAGUCUAUGUUUGGAAAUGUUAUCGAAGAGUACGAUGCUCCUUGUGCUGGUGUGGUAAUCGGUCGUAGUUCUAACCCUGUUGCCAUGGCAGGCGAUCGUAUUAUUCAUUUAGGAAUCAUUAAACGCAAGGGAGAGGUAUUGAUGAAAGAGGCAAAAGAAAACUAUUGA